UACUUAAAACGUUACGGCACAAUGGAGCCCAAUCAAGACGCGGCAGAGGCACUUCAGCGGCUACUUGUCAAGUGCGCCACACCACUGUCGAUACGGUACAUCCCCGACAUGGCAAGCAGCCCCAGCAACAGGGCAGCGCCAGUGUUUGUGAGCGGCGACGGCGGAUGCGGCAGCCGUGGCGGCGGGGGCAGCAGUGGCAACUUGGGGGCAGGCGGUGGGGCGCCGUCAGGCGGCAGUGCCGCACCCAGCUCGCCGGCGAUCAGCACAAAGCGCGGGGCCAGCAGCAGUGAGCCGCCGGGGGGGCUGUCGCCAGCCAAGGCGGCCAAAACCCAUCAAGUGCCCGCGCCCAUCACACGGGCGCUGGCAGUGGCGGCGGCCGG